CGUGCAGCCCUGCACUAGAGAUCGUAAAUAUUGUUCUGGCGCAUUGAGGAUCACAGACCUCAUGCCGAAUGUAUUAGACGUACGAUGGUCAGAUAUAAUGAGGUUUUACAGUUAGCACUGCUGAUGCACAUCAAAUUGCGAUUGAAACAAGCCUGUAGCUGAUCCACAAUCAAGAUGGACACAAUCGACAAUACAGGAAUGAUGGCUUUAACGAUUUUGGCCAUGGUGGCCUUGAUCUGCAUUUAUGUUUUCACUGGAAUAAGCGUUGUACGAAACAAUCCACUGUUCCGAAACAGCGUGGGAGAAGUAUCUCGUAGAUAUGAAACGGAUAUAACACCAGCAAAUUACGCUUUUGGAAUUUGGAACCUCAUAUUUCUAUGGGAGGCAGCUUGGGUGCUUUUUGCCGUCAGCAGUAUAUGGAGAACGACGGCCGAAGGACCUAUUUUGAUGAAUCCGGACGUGUUGCCAAUGGAAUUCUACAUAUUCUGGAUACUUAGCUGUGUUUUCUACGUUGGAUGGCUUUUUCUCUGGGACAGAGAAUACUUACUGAUAGCAUUUAUUGAUUUGCUCCUUCUAACUUUAUCCGGAUACGCAGCCGUUGCUUUCCAAGGCAUCGCUACUGCAAAAUAUGCCGAUGAACUAAGCAAAAAAUCUGAUGUAGACUUAACUCUUAUAUACGUAUUGGUACAAAACGGCACUGAUCUAUUUUAUUCUUGGACAACCAUAGCGACAUUGUUGAAUUUGUCCAGUGCCCUGACCUAUGACCCCAUGGUCAAGAAACGCGUGAAUAAAAUUACAUCAGGAACUAUUGCUCUUGCAGUUCUGGGUGUUCUUGUAAUCGGCUGGUCUGUGUGCGAGAAUACAGUGUUUUAUGAAUAUUUUAAAUACGUUUAUGCUUGGUAUGGUGUGCUUUUGUGGGCGUGCUCCGGUAUUCUGGUGAAAAAUUUUGACAAAACAAGCAGAAAUUCCAUAAUAACAGUCAUUCUUCUUUGUGUCAUCAUCGUUUGUCUGGUGGCAAAGAUUGCAGUUUACACCGUCUCGACCUUCGGUUGAAUUUGAAUUGAAAUAAUUAGUAGUAAUAGAGAAAGACUAAAGAAAUAAUGGAAGUUCGCGAAAACCAUUUUUGAAGAUUCAUCCUAAAAAAAUAUUGUUAAUAAAUUUCAAAUAAGAGGUUUGAUUCCCAGUAUUCCAUUAUUAAUUUUUUUAGUAUAUAUGAGUUAUAUAUACAAGUUUCCAUUGCUUUACCUAUAACUCUAUAUGCCUCAGUUUGAGGUUAGUUGAAGCGUUAAUGCUAAUUUCAUACCAAAGUUUUAAAGGGGGCUGUUUUUUAUUUCUAUCAAAAUUUUUUUUCAAAAGUAAAUUGUGUAAUACACAUGUCUGAUAUAUAUAUAGAUAUAUAUCAAGACAAGUCAGGUCAUUGUCAAUAUUUUCAUAGUGUAUAUAUUCUUGUUGUCUUACUUGUUUGGGCCUGAAAAUAGCCAGGAUCUUAAUCAGGAUUUGAUGAGCAUUUGAGGUAAAUGGUAAGUCUUUAAAAUUUGUAUUUGUGUUUUAAUUUUUUGAAUAUAUAUGUUGGGAUAAAGCAAUGUUUUAUUAUAUGGUUUGUUUUGCAGUAUUUGUAACCUGUGAUAUUGUUUUGAAAG